AUGGAGAAAAUACAGAAUUAUAUCGCCAGCUUGACCGGCCAGGAGAAGAUUGGCUUCAUUGACACGUCGCAGCCUUCGCUCUAUGUCGCCGCGGCAGCCAUAGCAUUCAAUCCCAUCUUCUGGAACCUCUCACUGACGUGGUCAGAGUACAAAACCCACUUCUUGACCAAGAUAUUCCGCUCUCCUUACCAUGGCUGUUAUGCAUUGGCCGUGGUAAUCUUCACGAUCGGCAUUGUCCGGGAUUCUCUGUACAAGAAUGCGCUGGAUGACCAACCACUUUAUCCAGCCUUGUACCACCCGGCAGUGGGCGUGGUCCUGUUUCUGAUCGGCAAUGUCCUCGUGCUCUCCAGCAUGUGGGCGUUGGGGAUCACCGGAACGUACUUGGGCGACUACUUCGGUAUCUUGAUGGACCAGAAAGUCGAAGGAUUCCCAUUCAACAUCGCGGGCGCGCCGAUGUACUGGGGAAGCACGUUGUCGUUCUUAGGAACAGCACUGUACAAGGGUCGUACGGCGGGGGUGUUGCUCACUCUGGAGGUGUUUAUCAUGUAUCUCAUUGCCUUGCAGUUCGAAGAUCCCUUCACGGCCGAGAUAUACGCGAACAAGGAGGCUAGGCCGGUGACUCGAUCCAUGACGAGACAGAAAGAACGCAAGAAGGCAUGA